AUGGAUUCUUUAAGUUCAAUCUUGAUCAGUAGAAGAACAAGUAUUGGUCUUCCAUUGAUGAUGUUGUUUGUGUUAAUGUGUGCUGCAGUAGAGAUCAGAGGAGAAGUCACCCGUAGUGGUCAUUCAUAUCCUACUCGAAAAUUGAUGACUGUUGUCGCUGAUAACCAUAAAUAUGGAUCUACCGUACUGGAGGCCGAGAUGGGACGGGCAAGGACGUUGCGUCAACGUGUCUUUAGGAACCGGUUUCCUCCUCCAGUGGCAAAUCAGGUUCCACGGUUCAAGUCUCCUCCUCCUGCUGCUCCAAUACCAUGGUCCGCUCCUCCACCCCCACCUCCACCUCCACCUCCACCUCCACCUCCUCCUCCUUAUAUAUAA